CACCCCUGGGCUGCCCGCCCCAGCCCCUCCUCUCGGCCUCAGACUACACGGGCGGGCCACGAUGGGGGCCGGAGGGAGUCCGGGGCUUGGCGCCUGCGCAGUCGCUGGGGCGCGGGUGUGAUCGAGCUCACGUAGCGAGGGCUGCAGUCGCCACCUCCGCGGCGCUGCCGUUGCGGCCUAGAGGUUAUAAAAGGGCUAACUGGCUCCCUCUGCUGCCCAGUCGCGCCGCCAGCGGGCUGAGGGGAGGGAGUAGGUAACCGGCCCGAGCGCAGGCGAGAGGGGACACAAGAGCGCGCCACCCUCCCGUCCCACUUUACAGGUGUGUGAACCUGUAAAAUGAAAUCUUCCAGGAUGAUCUGGUGUAUUUUAAUUGUAGGGAUUCUACUUCCCCAGUCUUUGGCCCAUCCAGGCUUUUUUACUUCAAUUGGUCAGAUGACCGAUUUGAUCCAUACUGAGAAAGAUCUGGUGACUUCUCUGAAAGAUUAUAUUAAGGCAGAAGAGGAUAAGUUAGAACAAAUAAAAAAAUGGGCAGAGAAGUUAGAUCGGUUAACCAGCACAGCGACAAAAGAUCCAGAAGGAUUUGUUGGGCAUCCUGUAAAUGCAUUCAAGUUAAUGAAACGUCUGAACACUGAGUGGAGUGAGUUGGAGAAUCUGGUCCUUAAAGAUAUGUCAGAUGGCUUUAUCUCUAACCUAACCAUUCAGAGACAAUACUUCCCUAAUGAUGAAGAUCAGGUUGGGGCAGCCAAAGCUCUGUUGCGUCUCCAGGACACCUACAAUUUGGAUACAGAUACCAUCUCAAAGGGUAAUCUUCCAGGAGUAAAACACAAAUCUUUUCUAACAGCUGAGGACUGCUUUGAGUUGGGCAAAGUAGCCUAUACAGAAGCAGAUUAUUACCAUACAGAACUAUGGAUGGAACAAGCACUAAGGCAACUGGAUGAAGGCGAGGUUUCCACCAUAGAUAAAGUCUCUGUUCUAGAUUAUUUGAGCUAUGCAGUAUACCAGCAGGGAGACCUGGAUAAGGCGCUUUUGCUCACAAAGAAGCUUCUUGACCUAGAUCCUGAACAUCAGAGAGCUAAUGGUAACUUAAAAUAUUUUGAGUAUAUAAUGGCUAAAGAAAAAGAUGUUAAUAAGUCUGCUUCAGAUGACCAAUCUGAUCAGAAAACCACACCAAAGAAAAAAGGGGUUGCUGUGGAUUACCUGCCAGAGAGACAGAAGUACGAAAUGCUGUGCCGUGGGGAGGGUAUCAAAAUGACUCCACGGAGACAAAAAAAACUCUUUUGCCGCUACCAUGAUGGAAACCGGAAUCCUAAAUUUAUUCUGGCUCCCGCCAAACAGGAGGAUGAGUGGGACAAGCCUCGCAUUAUUCGCUUCCAUGAUAUUAUUUCUGAUGCGGAAAUUGAAAUUGUCAAAGACCUAGCAAAACCAAGACUGAGCCGAGCUACAGUACAUGACCCUGAGACUGGAAAAUUGACCACAGCACAGUACAGAGUAUCUAAGAGUGCCUGGCUCUCUGGCUAUGAAAACCCUGUGGUGUCUCGAAUUAAUAUGAGAAUACAAGAUCUAACUGGACUAGAUGUUUCCACAGCAGAGGAAUUACAGGUAGCAAAUUAUGGAGUUGGGGGACAGUAUGAACCUCAUUUUGACUUUGCACGGAAAGAUGAGCCAGAUGCUUUCAAAGAGCUGGGGACAGGAAAUAGAAUUGCUACAUGGCUAUUUUAUAUGAGUGAUGUGUCUGCAGGAGGAGCUACCGUUUUUCCUGAAGUAGGGGCUAGUGUUUGGCCAAAAAAAGGAACUGCUGUUUUCUGGUAUAAUCUGUUUGCCAGUGGAGAAGGAGAUUAUAGUACACGGCAUGCAGCCUGUCCAGUGCUAGUCGGAAACAAAUGGGUAUCCAAUAAAUGGCUCCAUGAACGUGGACAAGAAUUUCGAAGACCAUGCACCUUGUCAGAAUUGGAAUGACAAACAGGCUUCCCUUCCUCUCCUGUUGUACUCUAAAUGUGUCUGAUACACACAUUUCCUGGUCUUAACUUCCAAGAGUUUACAAUUGACUAACACUCCAUGAUUGAUUCAGUCAUGAACCUCAUCCCAUGUUUCAUCUGUGGACAAUCACUUUAUGGGUUUUUUUCCUUUUAGAAGUAACACUAAAUCACAUUAUAUAUAUAAAACCUUAAAGUUCAGUUGGUAGCACAGAAGGCAGAGUUUAAAAUGAGGAAUUUUUGUGUUAUAUUUUGAAGAACUUUUUGGUUGGAUAAAAAAUAUAAUUUAAGCAUCCAGUUUUAGUAUUUUACUACAUCUUGGUUGGUGGUAGGCUAGAAUGGGCCAUGUGAUAGGAAACACAUGCCUUACAAUAUAGAUCUAGGUAUUAUGUUUACCUAGCCUUACUCUGUUUAUUUUCUGGAUCUGCCUGAUAAUCUAGGACUGUAAUCUGAGUUCCCUACAUACAGUGUUUGCUCUUUCCAUAUGAUAUUCUAGGUUGAUUUUUUUUUUCCUCCCAAGUCCUUCUUAAAUUUACCAGUCCCUCUCUAUUCUUUCAGAGCUCCUCUGUGGUGAAUUUAACCUGUUUGUAAAGGAAAAAAAAGUUUUUAAAUGAAAGUACUUUAACUCAAAGUCCUGUAUAACAAUACUGGGCCUUCUUAACCAAAACACUCAUCACUUAAUCUGUUUCUUUCUCCUUUUUCUUAAAUGACUGAUGAUUUUGUCCAGAAAUUUUGCUAUUUUUCUUAGUGCUAAUACCUUGCCUCUUAUUCCUGCUACAGCAGGGUGGUGAUAUUGGCAUUCUGAUUAAAUAAAUAUUGUGCCUUAGGAGACUGGAAGUUUAAAAAUGCACAAGUCCUUUCAAUGAUCCCUUUCAAUGAUGAGGGAAUUUUUAAAAAGUAGUCUUUUACUUAAAAAGCCAAAAUGUUUGUUUUUUAAAAAUUCUGAAAUGUGUUGUGACAAUAAUGACCUAUUUAUGAUCUUAAAUCUUUUUUAAAAAGUG